AGCUCCUUUAUGAGUGCAACAUCGAAGUAUUAAGCAUCUGAAUGAUUACCAAAGUGUAUCUAAAUUAACAUCUAAACAACAUUCAUUUCCAAAUGUUGCAAAUACCCGUGUAUAGCCCUCUCGACGAGAGAUUUAGAUUUCCGCUGUUUCUUGCCGAUAUAAUGUUAACCUCCGACAAUUCGGCAUUAUCGUCAUUUUUUGUGCGUUGUUUAAACACCGCUAAAUGAUUAAUUUUUUUCUUAACGCCGCUCAUGUUGUACUUAUUGUGCCCAUUAUGUACUGAUCGACAUUUUCGGUAUAAGAUGAUUUAAUGAUGAAUCUUCCCCCUCUUUAUUCAUAAUGACGCAUCGCAUAAAGCACAAGUUUUCUAGUAUAUGCUUACGCUGAAAACCAUUCAGUUUAUUUUCAAUAGAAAAAGCGAGAAAUAAUUUACACGCACCACCUUGCAUAAUUUGAUCAUUAAUUGUAUCUUAUUAUUUACUUCGAGUUCACUUUACCGAAUACAUAAGAAAAAAUUCUAAUGCAAAAAUAAUUAAAUAAUAAAACAUUCUUUAUAAACGAAAUUCAGAAUAAUAUCUCAAGGAUCGAUCGAUGUUAAGGAUUUACAUUUAUCUUUAUAUACUGAAAUGAAUACAUUUAUAUUUUUUUUAAGUUUAAUAGAUUUCCGAAUAAAAAAGAAAUGGAGUUUUCCUUGACAUUUAUUUUGUAAAUCUCUCGUGACAAAUGUGAUCAAUGCAAAAGACCUAUACAUGCGUAUACUUCUUUUGUACAUGAUACAAAAAUUCGUUUUUUUUUUCAUACUUUAAAAUUGAAUUUAUUUUUCAAGUAGUUAAAUAUUGAAAAAUACUUUAACAAUUUGUUGCUAUAUGAUACGAGCUAUGGUUUUCUUGAGUGGGAGUACCCCGAAAAUGAUACCACAUAUCCAACACAAAAAGGUCUAGUGCGUGUGUAACAAAAAAUUGUCAUUAUUCCUACACCAGAAAAAAUAAUAUUCAUAGUGCAAUAACAUAACGUUAAAAUGAAAGGUUCUAUGUGUACACGUGUAUACGUAUAUAUUUUAACCUUGUAUAAGACGUACCAUAUAUCCGAGUAUCAUUAAAGUGAGUUGUAUGUACCUACAAAGUUUCUUUAAAAAAUAUAAUCAUCAUAAAAAUUAAUGUUACUUAAAACCAUUCAGAUUGACAAUGCUUUACACGCAUUCUUCAUGACAAAGGUAGUGGGACUAUGGUGUAUUCUAUUCAUGAAGUGACCGAUUAAAAUAAUUGUUUAAAGCUGUACUAAAACAGAAACAAGAAAAUGACAGAAAAAGGAAAGAAAUUACCUACAAAUUCAUUAACGGCAGAGGAGCUAUUACAAAAUAAAGGUAUUAAAUGUAAUGCUUGGGAUGAAUAUGAAAGAUCAGCCAAAACUCUUCCCAAGACUGGUAUGAAGCAAUUUGAACCAGAUGAUUCUUGGUUACAAAAUAUGCAAAUUGAGAAGGGUAUUAAGUCACGUAAAAAUUUAAUAGCUGUAGAAAGAGUAGAUCGUAUUUCGCAAUUAGCUAGUGCUGAAUGGUUACCUCUACAGAAAAGAGCUAGGGUGAAGAAAUAUUCUGGUCAAGAUUGGGGUAAUUUUGGCUUAGAAAAGAACUGUGCCUUGUAUUUGUUACCAGAAGAAGCAUUGUUUCUACUAGAAACUAACUGUUUGGAACUUAUUUGGAAUAAUGUACCAUUGUCCAUUCAACAAGCUUACGAACUUUUAAUCGAUAAUAUUGAAUGUACAAUAGAGGAAUACAGAGUUUAUAGCCAUUUAGCACGUUAUGGUUAUCGCAUACAACGUUUCAUUUAUGAUACAGAGAAAAGCACAAGAAGCGAUGAAAGUAAUACUGUAAAACGUAAGGUUAUUGUUGAACCAGAAAAUGGUCUUUGGAAACAUACUAAUAGUAAUGCAGAUACAGACAAUGAGAAACAUGUCAGUGAUCAAGAGAAUACACCUGUAGAUGCUAAUGAUUCUAAACCUUACUCAGAUGUAUGCGAAUAUACAGACAUACUGGAUGAUGUACGUAAAGUUAUAGAUGAUCUUCUUGAUGCAGUAAAAGAUAUUGAAAGUGAAAAAAAUGAUACAGAAAAUUUGUUAUUGGACACUAAUGUACCUACAGAAAAACACAAUCAAGACAAAAGGAAACGAAAUUCUAAAGUUAAAAUAAUAUCAGAAGAAACUUUACCAGGUAGUAUUAAAGUUAUUACAGAUUCCAAAAGAAAUUGUUUGAAAGGAAAUAAUUCAAUGAUAGACUGGCGAUCAGCGCGAAUACAACGGAAUGUUAAAUUAUUGCCCAAAAGAACUGAUAAAAUGCUUUUACCUACUCCUGAUGUUUCCAUACUUGAUUCUAAUACUAAGAGUCUUGAACCAAGUUCAGGUAAACAUAAGUCAUCUUCACCGCUCAGAGAAGAAUCUCAAAAUAAAAAAUCAAAACACGAGGUCAUAGAACUUUCUGAUGAUGAAGUUGAAGAAGUACCACAGCCUAUGUCACGGAUGGAUCUAUUAAAUUUAAUUCCAAACAUUGCAUGUCAGUCAACUGUAACAGUGAAAAUUUCUAGAGGUUAUAUACCACAUAGUAUAAAACCUCAAAAAAAUAUUUAUCGCUAUGAAAAUAGAAAAUUAAGAAAUUUACAACAAACAGAUAAAAAGUUGCAGCAACCUGGUCGAAAUGUAGAUACUUCAAAUGGUAAUUCAAGUGGCAAUACACCUCAGUGUAAUAAUGCAUCAACGAGUAAUAACAUUAGGAGGAACACACAUAUUGCUACAUUGAAUCACAAUUUAGCAGCAGAUAUACACAAUGUUUUUAUGCAAGAUUACUUUUCUAUGGAAGGUGGACAGUAUACAAAUUUUAACACUAAUUACAUGUACAAUAAUAGAAUGCCAUUUGCAUACAGUCAAAAUUCUUAUUGGCACCAUAGGAAUACUAUAUUUCAAAAUGUCUUUGUGGCUCUUGAAAAUCAUAGUGCAGCUAUUCAGAACAGAUUCAUGUCAGUACAAAUGAACAAUUUUUCAGUGCCAAAUAUGGGUAACAAUAUAAUCAGAAGUUUUGUUGCCCGGAAUCAGUUGUACCAUAAUUUUCAACAGAACUUCUUACCACCAAGAAAGUUAUGUCACCACGGAAUGGUAGAGAAUAUGUCAAUUCGCUGUAGUGUAGCUAAAAAUGUAUCUGUAUAUGAACCUCGUCAAAGAUACUGGCCACGUAAUCAUUACAAAAAUUCCAAUUUCUCGAAUCGUAACGACGAAGUCAAUCAGGCAUCGUUUAAAAUACUACCUGGAACGUCUUCCUGGUCAGAAUUAAAAACUAAAUGGCGAGAAGAAAAAACAAUCACCAUUGACGAUAAAGAUUCGCACAAAGAUGACGAAUGCGAUGAGAUACAAGUAGUUGGUCGAUUAAGAAGCCCACUUAUCGGGCCAAAAAAUGCAAGUACUCUUGAGGAAGUUUUUAGCAAGCUUAAAAUAAUCAAGUCUGCGCCCGAGAAGACCGUAAGAAGAAAAAAAAGUAGAUACAAGAUAUCGUACAAUGUUUAUUCAAAUAUACAUAAUUAUAGAAAAGCAAAUCCUGGUCCACCACUUUACCGGAUAGUUGUAAUCAGGCAAGAUGAUCCAUUUUUACAACCAAUUGAAUUACAUCGUUUGGUGCAAGAUGCAAACAACUCACCAAUAAUGUUAGCCUGCGUUUCAAUGUCAAUUUCAUACAUUCAACCAGGAUUUGUAUGUAUACCUAAUUUAACAUAACCAAAAUAAAAUAUUUAAUUACGUUUAUCCACUCUUUAAAGUCUGUUUAUUUCACGAAUCUAUU